AUGAGGGGCCAAGGACAGCCGAGGCAUUGGCCUCGACUAGUUUUUGCUAUGGCAAUUUGUCUCAUAGCAACUAGUGUAGUUGCUGAUUACGACAAGCCUUAUGUUUAUGCUUCUCCACCACCACCAAAGAAGGUUGAACACUCUCCUCUCUAUGUUUACAAGUCUCCUCCACCGCCACCAAAGAAUGUAAUCCACCCACCGUACCACUACAAUUCCCCACCUCCACCAUCUCCUUCACCACCACCUCCUUAUGUUUACAAGUCUCCACCUCCACCAAAGCAUGUUAGCCACCCACCUUAUGUCUACAAGUCUCCUCCUCCACCAUCCCCAUCACCACCACCUCCUUAUGUCUAUAAGUCUCCUCCUCCACCAGUCCACUCACCUCCACCUCCUUAUAUCUAUAAGUCUCCACCUCCUCCAUCUCCUUCACCGCCUCCUCCUUAUGUCUACAAGUCCCCUCCACCACCAGUUCACUCGCCACCACCUCCUUACAUUUACAAGUCUCCCCCUCCACCAGUUCACUCGCCACCACCUCCUUACAUCUACAAAUCCCCACCCCCACCAGUCCACUCGCCACCACCUCCAUACAUUUACAAGUCCCCACCUCCACCAGUGCACUCACCACCACCUCCCUACAUCUAUAAAUCUCCACCACCACCUAAGGAAAUAAGCCACCCACCAUAUGUUUACAAGUCUCCACCUCCACCAUCUCCAUCACCACCCCCUCCGUAUAUCUACAAGUCCCCUCCUCCACCAGUCCACUCACCCCCACCUCCAUACAUUUACAAGUCCCCACCUCCACCAGUGCACUCACCCCCACCUCCUUACAUCUACAAAUCCCCACCACCACCAAUCCACUCACCCCCACCUCCCUACAUCUAUAAAUCUCCACCACCACCUAAGGAAAUAAGCCACCCACCAUAUGCUUACAAAUCUCCACCUCCACCUUCUCCAUCACCACCCCCUCCAUAUAUCUACAAGUCCCCUCCCCCACCAGUCCACUCACCACCACCCCCAUACAUUUACAAGUCUCCACCUCCACCAGUACACUCUCCUCCACCUCCGUACAUUUACAAGUCUCCACCCCCACCAUCCCCAUCACCACCACCUCCAUACAUCUAUAAAUCCCCACCACCACCAGUUCACUCACCACCACCUCCUUACAUCUAUAAGUCUCCACCCCCACCAGUUCACUCUCCCCCACCUCCCUACAUCUACAAAUCUCCACCACCGCCUAAGCAUAAAAGCCACCCACCAUAUGUUUACAAAUCUCCACCUCCACCAUCACCAUCACCUCCUCCUCCAUACAUUUAUAAAUCCCCACCUCCACCAGUUCACUCACCGCCACCUCCUUACAUUUACAGUUCUCCUCCUCCUCCAUCAAAGAUAGUACAUCGUCCUUCACACUCUUACAAAUCUCCUCCACCCCCAACUCCCAAGUAUGAUUAUAAAUCACCACCACCGCCGUCUCACAAGCCAUACGUCUACAGUUCACCUCCACCUCCUAAAUACUACUAAGUUCGCUAUGGUUAUAACUUCAAACCUAGAGCUCCAAUAACUUUGCAUUCUUUUAUGCAUGUUCGGGUUUGAAGAAUUUCCAGCAUUUGUUUGCGUAUCUAAUAAUUUUGUUCAUUUUAUAUACUUUUUGUUGGCAAUAAUUAAAGGUGUGAGUUCCUUUUAGGGAAGUUUUAUAAAUUGUAUUAUUUCUUUUAUGGAAUGAA